CUGUACUGCUUGGUAGGGAGCGGACCCCUCCAUCCCGGGAGAGAUGUGAUGACGUCGCCGGGAAUAUCCGCCAGGCAGCAGCCCAGGAGACCAGCGGCUCCCAGCAGGAGCAGUGGAGACAGUGAACGAAACAUACUCUAGCCUUCUUCCGGAGAAAACGCCGUCGGUUUUGCACUGGAGCGGAUAUUUUAUGCGCUGCCGAGAGCGGGGGUGGGGCUGGUUUAGCGUUCGGGUCCCAUUCCAUGUUACCACUCCGGUCUCAAAACCAGUCACAGGUUAGUAAGCGCACGCGCGCAACGUUAGUCAUGCACGCGUGCAUGAUAGCAAGGCUGGGUGGCUAAUGGAUCUUCAACAGCUAAGCAAGAGAGCGAGCAGUGGUGUUAAGAGUGGCCUAGCUGAAGUGCAUCUCAUCACAUGUCCGUGUACCUACUACCACUACCUCUGCGAUGACAUAGACGACAGGGGGUGGGGGUGUGGCUACCGGAGUCUCCAGUGCCUUUGUUCCUGGGCAGUGAGUCAAACAAACAGAGAAGAGGGGGAAAGUGAGAGAGGCACGGCCACUAGCGAGAACACCAGAGAGCCUGCUACAACUGAUGACAGAGGUCACAGUGGUACAGUAAGAGAGACGUGUGUCUCUGUGAGUAGUGUGCCCGGUGUGAAGGUGUGGAGGGUGCCCAGUCUGAGGGAGAUUCAGGAGACUCUGGUGAAGAUUGGAGACAAGCCACCUGGGUUUGUUGGUUCCCGGGACUGGAUUGGCUCCUUUGAGGCCUGCCUGGUCUUGGACCACCUCUUCUCUGUGAGUUACACUGCUCAAUCCUUCACUGCAUAUGAUAUUGCGAAAGUUUUGUUUUGUUAAAGGACUCAUUUUCUAUAGCGGUGUUUAUACAACUAUAGCUUUCAGACUAGUGUUUACACUCGCUCCAAAGAUUGUUUUAGGCAAAAAUGCUAUUUAGCUGAUCUGUAGUAAAAUGUGUUUUGAGUCCCAUUAAAGCUAGUUUAUUGUGAAUUGCGGGCCAGUUGGUUCGCUAUAACUCACUUUCAUUGAGUGUCAACCGACUGAGGCCGGGAAUGGCUGCAGCAGCUAAUAGUUAUCAGCUGGUAUUGCUAGUACUGUCGUUUCAAUGUCUCGCUAGUGAGGUGGUUAGCGGACCCAGGGAGACAUGUUUUCAACAUCUGCCCAACGCCACGACAUCGUGUCUCCUUUGUCCGGUUCCUCCUCACUUCAGAAUGCUCUACUGCUCUGGCGAAGAUGCCUACAUCCACGCAUCCUUUGUUGCAACUACCGCCACGACCAAUGAUAACAGCAACAGCAACAACAACUCACUAGCGAUUAGGGAAGUGAUAUUUGGACUGGAUCGAAGUCGGGGGUUACUCAAAAAAAGUGUAUUUCUCCGGAAACUUCCUCAGACGGUGUCCGAAUUGAAUGGUUUCUUUUGCAACGAGAGCCGUCGACAGGGCACGCUCUGUAGUCGGUGCAAAGAUGGAUGUGGGAUUGCGCUCUACACUUACUAUGGCCUUCCCUGCGCGUGUCCCUGUGGGGACUAUGGAAUACUUCUCUACUUCCUCCUGGAGAUUGGAUUCUCUACUCUCUUCUUUGCUCUUGUGUUUUUCCUGAAGAUAUCGGUUCUAUCCAGCCGGUGGUACGGAGUUGUCUUUUACUUUCAAACUACAGCUAGCUUUGGGAACACCUACCCAAUUAUGCAUACCUUUUACGAAAAGGCCGGACACCGCGUUCUUCCUGUUGUACUGGAUUCCCUACACGGGGUGUGGAACAUGGAUUUCUUGAGGCUAGCACUGCCCCAGUUUUGCGUCAGUCAGCACGUUGGUACGCUGGGAGCUAUCAGUACUGGCUACAUCUCUGCUCUAUGGCCACUGUUUCUGGUGGUCCUGAUAUCACUAGCCCUCGGGCUGCACAAACGAGACUAUAAGAUUGUGGUAUACCCAUGGCGUGUUGUGAAUAAGAUCUCAGCAGGAGUUAUUCAGCGACGGUUUAGAGAGACAAACCUGGUAAAAACCUUCGCCACUUUCCUUUUUCUGUCUUAUUUGAAGCUAAUGUAUGUCUCUUUUGCUCUUCUUGGGACCAGCACGUCCUACAACGUAUCACCUGAUAAUUCAUCAGUUAUUCACGGACGGGCGUUCUCAUUGGAUCCAGAAGUUCCUUACGGCAGUCGAAAACAUCUAAAGUAUGCAAUUCCCGCGUCCGUAAUUGUUCUGUUUGUUGGAAUUCUCCUACCACUGGGUAUACUUCUUUACCCGAUGAAAUGUGUCCAGCGUCUGUGGGGUGAGAGAGUGACUGGUAGGUUCUGGCUUGGGGUGAAGACAUUCAUUGAAGCCUUCCACGGAGGGUUCAAGGAUGGUACGGCCGGGACGAGGGACUAUCGGCCAAUUCCUGCACUCACCGUUUUCUCCAGAGUGUUUUUUGCAAUGAUGUAUUCCCUCCGUGGAUCUCCAAUACUGGCGUACAACCUCCCGUUCAUUUACGUCGCCCUUGCUUUCUCCUGUUUGGUAAAUGUGGCCAUCUUUGGAUUGGGAAAACCGUACAAAACGAGGAGACACAAUCUGAUUGAUGUGCUGCUGUGGGCACUAGUGGCGGUUGAGUGUUUGUUCAUCUCUGCAAUGUUUGAGGGAGAGUAUGAUGGUCACGUAAUGUACACUCUUGUCGUCCUUGCCUUCCUCCCAGCCACUGCUGUAGCGAUCUCAGUGGAGAUUAGCAUAUUCAAGUAUCUGAUAGCUCAGAGGAACUGAGACAAUUUAUGACUGUUGUGUUGAAUUAUUCACUUUGCUAAUAUAAUAGGCACAUUCAGUAGUGUCUGCCUUUUGCAGGUGGCAUGUAAGAUAGUACAUGUGUCAAGUGGAGCAGAAGUGGUGAACCACGUGGAGAUGUUGGCUCAGCACUUUGACUCUGUCGGAUCACCCGUCAUGAUUGGUAUAAUACUGGGCUAUGAAAGCCAGAACGGCCUGGUCUUGAGAGUUAAAUUAGUGUGGCCCUAAAAUAGUAUUUGCUUAGAGAGCCUUUUAGCUGUAGGCCUAUACUGUGGCUACGUGAUAGAGAGUGUGUGUGGGAAUGUCUUGUUGUAACAGGUGGAGAUGUGGACGGCUCAUCAAAGACUCUCGCUGGUGUCUUAGUGGACCUGAACGAACCAAGUGCUACAAGAUUCCUGAUAGCUGAUCCUCACUACACAACUGGUGGAAACAGUAGCAAAGGCGACACAGUCAGCGGAACUUCCUGUGAAGACGCAGUCUUGCUUAGUGACAGAGGCAUGCGCUGGCACGGACUGGAGAUCUUCCAGACUGCAUCGUUCUACAACUUUUGCCUCCCUCAACCUCUUACAACCCUACAACCCACUGAGCCAUAGUCUGUAAUUAUAAUAGUCACCAAAAAUCUUCAGUUCACGUCACACAUUAUUUAUAACACAGCUCAAGUUUUUUUUUACAGUUUGUGAUAAUGUCAACCGCUUGAUCCUACAACUGAAUAGAGAUUGAUUCCAAUAUGUUACUCAUCAGCCAACAGAGUCUUCCCGAUCUGCAGUAGUGACCGGGGAGGAUGAUAGGACACAUCCGUCAGACCAAAGGCGGCUGGUCCCACCACCUCCAUGGCUCGGGGGGUCAGCAUACGAGGACUGGCGGGGAGGGCUAGAACCCCCACUCGCAGCCCGUAGCGGACAGCCUCAGUCGUGAUAGGGAAACCUGGCGUAAUAUGCAUAGGUGUGUGUUAAAUG